AUGUUGUCGAUCCUCCGAAAGGCGCGGUUGAAGGACAAGGAGAUGAGAAUCUUGAUGCUGGGCUUGGAUAAUGCGGGAAAGACCACCAUCGUCAAGCGGGUCAUGGGCGAGGACGUCAAUACCGUCAGCCCGACGCUGGGGUUCAUUAUUAAGACGAUUGAUUACGAGGGGUACAAGUUGAACAUCUGGGACGUCGGCGGCCAGAAGACCCUGCGCUCGUACUGGCGCAACUACUUCGAGAAGACGGACGCGCUGAUCUGGGUCGUGGACGCGACCGACAGGCUGCGCAUCGACGACUGUCGCGAGGAGCUGCACGGGCUGCUGCAGGAAGAGCGUCUCUCGGGCGCGAGCCUGCUGGUCUUCGCCAACAAGACGGAUGUGCAGGGGUGCAUGGACGAGGCCGAGAUCCUCGACGGGCUCCGGCUCAAGGAUAUCCGCACGCAUCAGUGGCAUAUAUUGCGGUGCAGUGCCAUGACGGGCGAGAAUCUGAAGGAGGGGCUGGCUUGGGUGGUGGAGGAUGCUAAGAAGAGAUUGUUCCUGUAUUGA